AUGGUGCGACGAGCAGCAAAGCCAAAGCCCGAAAUGAGCUACUCCAAUUACAUCGCUUCCGAAACAAGACUCGCUAGGCUUGAAGCUGACGACAUGCCAAAUUAUGCGGCCAUGAGUUAUUCGGAACUUCGCGAGGAGAUGAAAUCGCGCGGGAUGUUCCAAGGUGGAGAAAAGCAACGGAUGAUCAACAUGCUUGAGCGUCAGUUUCGAGAGAUGCACAUGGAACACACGAGAAGGCCGGUUCGUCAGGCUAAGCGUCGUCUUCGUGAGCACCCAGAGAUGAUGCUUACCAGCGAAUUCAAGAGGGAUCCUUCCAGAAUCUCUUUCACGGACUUGCCUGGUGAGAUCCGAAACAUGAUCUAUGAUCUCGCCCUCUUCGAACCUCUUUCGGGCGAUUUCGCACAAGCUGGAAACUGGGAGAUGACUGCCAGCAGUGGUCGCUUAUUUCUCUCUCGCUACCGGACACAUCAUCUGGAAUUAGAUCUUGGAGAACUCCGCUAUGACCGCACCAUCUCAGCGUUGCAUGUUGUCGGAGCCUUGGACAAGCAGAUCCGGAAAGAGGUUCAGACCUUCUUUUGGGCUCAAAUCCAUAUCACGAUUGUCCUAGAGAAUUAUCACCCACAGGGCUACUGCUCCGUCGUUCGCCGGUUCCUCGAAAGAAUCGGCCCUCUAGGUAGAAGCGCCCUCGCCGGCUUCACUGCGCAAGCGAGGUAUACAGAUUAUGAGCAAGCGCAGCACCACGACUAUCAGACCAUGCUCGCGUUGCUUCGAGAGUGCAAAAACUUGCGGACACUGGAUAUGUGGCUACCUAUGCACAUGAUAAUGGGUUCCCCCGAUCGGAAGGCGAUGGAACAAUUCUUCCUGCAUGGUCAGCCUUUGGUCAGUCCUAGCGUCGAGGCUCUUGUAGGCGCAUUGCAUUCGAUUCCGCAGCUUGGCUUUGUGCGACUACACACAGAGCAUACGUACAAUGUAAGGCACUACCUUCAUCAUAACGAUUUUAUCGUCUUCGCACUGACGGGGGUACGUGAAGAGCGCCUGGUCCAGGAAGUCUGCAGGCGCCUUCAGGGGCGUAGAGACGUCGAAUUCAACAUCGUGGGUAGCAUGAAUCAGGUGGAGAGUUACGAGGAAUGGCUAUCACGCAAGGCGGAAGACAUACUCCGGUAA